AUGACGCAGGCGCCUGAUCAUGCAACUGCGAAAGCGAAAGAGUCAGCGAUGAAGCGAGGGAAUGCGAAAACAGCCACCAUGGUUGACACGAUGUACUUUACACCGGCGCAGUGGGAGCGGCUUCAGGUGCGCACACUUGGAAACAGCAUGUCAGCUGCAAAAUGGGAGCAAAUACAAAUGGCCGCUUGUUCGUUCAUUACUGCGGUUGGAGCAAAGCUUGGAUGCCCCCAAAGCACGAUAGGUACGGCCCAGUUGUUAUACCAACGAUUCCACCUAUUUUACCGGCCGGCCGAUUUCGUGAUGCAUGAGGUUGCACUGGCAUGUCUUUUUACGUCUACCAAACUCAAUGAUACGCAGAAACGUCUGCACGAAGUAUUGUUGGCAAGCUAUGCGUUUCGUUACCCUGAUCUUCUAGGCCGACCGCCAGCAACAAAGGACGGCACAAAUGGCAGGCAGGCAGACUGGAUUGCUCACACACAUGUCUCAGAGAAUGACAUGGAUGCGGAUGUGCUGCAUCGUGAACAGGUAUGCUUGCUUACGCUUGAGCGAAUGCUGCUGCAGUGCAUGUGCUAUAAUUUCCAGCUUCGGUCAAGUCGUUUACUGAAAUGGACGACGAAGCUCGCCCGGCUUUGGGACAUGCCAAAACAACAUGCAGCUCUUUCUUGGCGCAUUGCUUGUGAUAGCCAUCGGACGAAUGCACCGUGGCUCUAUACCCCGUUGACCGUGGCCAUCGGCUCUGUGUACGUGUGUGUAGCGUUGAUGCAUGCUGCUGGCCACUCCAUACCCACGGCCCAACAGUUUGAACACGAGUCUUCUCGCUGGGAGUUGCGCUGGUCCACAUGUAUGGAGGAUGUUGAUGAUGUGGCCAUUCGUUUGCUCCAGCUGUAUGCGCAGCACGCACUGUCUCUGAUGAGUGAGCGCAAGAGCGAACGCCUCGUACCUCCACACGUGGCAUAUCCACCGCCGAUGGGCCUGCUGCGCUGGCGUACCUUUGCACCUCAAGACUUAUCCAGUUGCGUGACACAAGCUCUUAUCUAUGUACGCCAACGGGCACAAACUCGUGCACAAUGGCCCACCGAUGACCGGAGCGAUUUGCUUGGACAACGGAAGCGUUUUGCUGCUGAAGCUCGCCAUGACGACACGCUUGCCUCCACGAUUUUCACGCCCACACCUGAUGACGCAACACGUAUUGUAGCGACACGAUAUUUAUUGCCUAUAUAG